AGAGGCAGGUGUCGGUUCGUGCACAUGCUUGUGUAACGCGCACUGCCCGUCGUUACACAAGCGGUUGGGUAAGCGCGCGCCCUCGUGCAGCGGCACUGGCACGGCUCCUUUCGGGCUGCAGCCGCCGAACAGCGCCGGUUCCGGUUCGGGUCCAUGGUUUCCUGCUCGCUGCUUCGACCGGUUUGGCGCCACUUCGUCAACAGCAGGAUGGGAGACGUCAACUUCAAAGCCCGCAUGCCGACCCCGGAGACCGCGCUGCCCGGCCGGGACCGGAGCCUCAAAGUCUCCGAGAAACACGACGUGAACGGAAACCGAACCGUUCCUCCUUUCCCGGCAGAAACGGAGACGGUCAUGUUCGGAAUGGGCUGUUUCUGGGGAGCAGAGAGGAAGUUCUGGAGGCAGAAAGGAGUUUACUCCACACAGGUGGGCUAUGCUGGAGGAUUCACGCCCAACCCCACCUACCAGGAGGUCUGCACAGGCAGAACCGGACACACCGAGGUGGUCCAGGUCGUCUUCUACCCCGAGAAGGUCAGCUUCACUGAUCUCCUCAAAGUCUUCUGGGAAAGUCACGACCCGACUCAAGGUAUGCGUCAGGGGAACGACGUCGGGACCACCUACCGCUCUGCCAUCUACACCUCCUCCCAGCAGCAGCUCCAGGAGGCCUUGGCCUCCAGAGACGAGUACCAGAAGGUUCUGACGGCGGAAGGUUUCGGUCCGAUCACCACAGAAAUCGCGGAGGGGAAGCUGUUCUAUUACGCCGAGGACUACCACCAGCAGUACCUCAGCAAGAACCCGGACGGCUACUGCGGCCUGGGGGGCACGGGGGUGUCAUGCCCCAUCGGACUGGGGAAGAAGACCCAGAAGAGCUGAGAGGAUUCUUCUCCACGUGGUUUUAAACGUCAUUAAUGCUUCAAAAGCUUGACGAGAAUCAGCAGCAAAACCAAAACAAACUUCUGCAGAAAAGGCGGAAGAACGACUGGCGGCACUUUCCUUUGCAGAGUCCUCAUGGAGUAAAACGUUCUAAAGAAAAUUCUAGACAAAUGUAGAAAUCUCAGAUCGCUGUGUUUUUUAAAAACAACUGUCUGUGAGAUCGCUUUAAAAGAUGCAGAAAUCAACAGCUUCUGUUCUCUGGUUCUCUGACCCCCUAAAGCGUGUGGGGGCCGACCUCCUGGAAUCUGCACACUGUUUUCAUUCCUGAGGUCUGUCCUCUCCUAUCAGAUCCUGCAGCGUCUGCAGAGCAGAAAGAACUGCAGGUCCUCACUGAAGAUCAUCGCUGCAGCUUCAGGUUAGAAGUUUGAGGCUGAAACUCCCAGAAUUCCUCACUAAAACCACGACAGACGCAUGUUUACCGAGUCCAAACUCAUAAAAAUGUCAAAGCUCAUGAUGCUUCCAGCCAGAACGCGUGCAGCUGCUGAAACGGAUCACGUCAAGCAUGGAGGCGGUGGGUCAUGAUAUGGGCUCAUUUGAAGUGCACUGGCGUCAAACUGGGUACAAGCAUGGAGCAGGAAUGCUGAUGAUUCCUGAUGAUUCCUGAUGAUUCCUGAUGAUUCCUCCGUCAUGUGCUGACGGCGUUUUACCACCCGAGCUGCAGCAGAUCUGAGUUUUGAUGGACAGAAAACUUGCUGAUUUAGUUUUUCAUUUGUGUUUUUGUUUUCUUUGUUUUGCUACUCUGAGGUCAGUGAACAGAUUACAUGAGUUUCAUAAGAACCUAUCUUUAGCAAUGGAGGUCAUUAGCUAACCACGCCCACAUUUCUUAUACGUUCAUAUCCUGUUAUGAUAACAUCACAGCUUCAUUCUGGGAUCUACAUUUGAAAUCCUCACAGUAAUCCAUUAAAAUACGUGCGUGUA